CGCUAAUUUAAACCGCAACAAUAUCAAUACAGUACAACGGCCAAGAUCUUCAUUCUGAGCUGCGCCCGUUCAAGGAAACUUCCUAAAAAACUUCGCAGACAUAAGGAUUACGCAUUCUUCAUCGCAAGCAAGGAAGAAAACACUAAUAAAACACAUUGUGCUAGAAAGGGAUUGCAAUGUUUCCGACCAAGGCGAUAAUCUUGAUCCUUCUAUUCUUUGGCAACGCAGUUUCUCUGGAAGUCGAAAUCACACCUGCCCAGAGCGAGAUCAGUGUUGGCGAGUCUCGGUUCUUCUUUUGUGAAGUCAUCGGUGGGGUGAAGGAAAUUAACUGGUUCUCUCCGAGAGGGGAGAAAAUUGAGCCCGGCAGACAGGACGUCAACGUGAUUCGUAACGACGAGACGUCCUCCACUCUCACAAUCUACAAUGCAAAGGUUGAUCACGCCGGCACAUAUAAAUGUUUAGCCAGCAGCGGGGAUCAGGAGGCUGAAGCCACUGUCAAUCUGAAAAUAUACCAAAAAAUCACCUUCACAAAUGUCCCGUCACCUCAAGAGUUCACUGAAGGGGACACUGCCAAUAUAGUGUGUGAUGUCUUUAGCUCCCCUCCACCAACUGUCCUCUGGAAAUUCAAAGGUGCAAAGAUCCAGUUUGAAAAAGAUGUCCGUUUCAGGGCUUUGAAUAACAACCAUCUCCAAAUCCGAGGGAUCAGGAAGACUGAUGAGGGCCUGUACACUUGCGAGGGUCGCAUUAAAGCACGAGGGGAAGUCGACUUUCGCAAAAUUAAAGUCGUUGUUAAUGUCAUUCCCACUAUUAGAAUCCGUCAAGUGGAAACAAAUGCAACAGCUGACAUGGGCUACUCAGCCAUGCUGGCCUGUGAUGCUGACGGAUUUCCUGAGCCGAUGGUGACCUGGAUGAAAAACAAUCUUCAACUUGAGAGCGGGGAUAAAUACAACUUCAAUGAUGACGGCUCAGAGAUGGCAGUACUAGAUGUGACAAAGCUGGACGAGGGAGAUUACACAUGCAUCGCUAAGAACAAAGCUGGAGAGAGCGAACAAGAACUUAGUCUUAAAGUCUUUGUGCAACCCAAAAUCACAUAUUUGGAAAGCAAGACUACCACUGAAAUGGAUGAACAAGUCACGUUAACAUGCGAGGCCACUGGAGACCCCACACCCACCAUUACAUGGAGCUUCGGUACCCGCCUUUUCACAGAGGGAGAACAGGAUCACCAAAAGAGGAUUUAUCAGGCCUCUUGGACUCGGCCCGAACAACACAAGAGUCCUGAUGGGGACGUGUUGGUCCGCAGUGAUGCCCGCGUGUCUUCGCUCACCCUUAAGUAUGCACAGUACACUGACGCAGGCGAGUACCUCUGCACAGCCCGCAACGCCAUCGGAGAGACCGCACAGUCCGCAAAUCUGGAAGUUCGCUACGCCCCCAAAAUCCAGGGCGCAGUAACAGUGUACACAUGGGAGGGCAACCCGGCCAACAUCAGCUGUGAAGUUCUGGCUCACCCCAGUGAUGUGUCUAUUACAUGGAUGCGAGACGGGAUCCAGCUGCUUAGUGCUAACAUCUCCAAUAUCAAGACCUACAACAUGCCUUCCGCCAGCUAUCUAGAGGUCAAUCCAGUCUCUCAAAGCGACUUUGGCAACUACAACUGUACUGCUUCCAAUGAGAUCGGGACAGAGUCCAAAGAGUUCAUCCUCAUCCCAGCCGAUGUGCCCUCGGCGCCAUCCAUCACUCAAGUGCAGCCAUACUCCAGCACGGCUCAGGUGCUUUUUGACGAGCCUGAGUCCACUGGAGGAGUUCCUGUGCUCAAGUACCGAGCAGAGUGGAGAGCAGUGGGCCGAGGGAACUGGGUGCAGCGUGUAUAUGAGGUGAAAGAUGAUCACAGUUCAGUCACAGUCACCGGCCUUAAACCUGAAACCGAAUAUGAAGUCAAGGUGUCUGCCAUCAACGGCAAGGGCAAUGGCGAGAGCAGCCAGUCAAUGAACUUCAAAACUGAGCAUGUCCGAGAACCUAGCCCCCCGAUACUAGAAGGAACUCUACAACCUAAAGGCAACACCCUCAAAUUGAACCUGAUCAAACAAGAUGAUGGAGGUUCACCGAUAACCCAUUACUUGGUUAGAUACAAAGUUAGGGAAGACUUGGACUGGAAGCCUGAAAUCCGUCUACCCAGCGUUAGCGAGUAUGUAAUGUUGAACGGACUGGAGUGGGACACAGAGUAUGUCGUGUUUGUGGUGGCAGAGAACCAGCAGGGCAAGUCCAAGCCUGGCACCCUCACCUUCAAAACCUCAUCAGAGCCUGCAGCUAACACAGACUCUAUGGAUGAUGGGACGAGUCUGAACACUGGAGUAAUUGUUGGUAUUCUCAUACUGGUGUGUGUGCUGCUCUUGCUGAUCGUGGACGCCACCUGCUGCUUCCUCAACAAGUGUGGCAUCCUCAUGUGCAUCUGUGGUAAACCGGGGCCAGGGACCAAAGGCAAAGACAUCGAGGCAGACAAAGCUGCCUUUGUUCAAGAUGUGUCUAAAGAGCCCAUUGUAGAAGUGAGGACAGAGGAGGAGGCCACAGCCAAUCACGAUGGGCAUCCGGAGCCCAAUGAGACCACUCCAUUGACUGAACCAGAGCAAGUGACGGACACUGCCUCCGCUGUGGUUGACUUGCCUCUUUCUGUGCCCAAUAACUCUGACACAGUAACUGACACCUUUGAACUUAGCCAGAGCAGUCCUGUUAGCGAGACCACCACCCUCACCUCCAGCAUCACAGCACCUCCCCCUGACCUUAACCAUGCCAACAUGUCACCGCCCGACAGCAGUACACCCAAAUCCCAAACAAAACCCUCCCUCUCGUCUACUUCAUCUUCAGACCCCACAACCAAUGUUACUCUUCUUGUAGACCUGGGUGAUUCCCCAGAAACACAAGCUGAGGUUCCUCCAGUGGUCCCAGCAGAAGAACCAGUACCAGUUCCCCCUAGCCCAAUCACUUCCCCUCCUAGUGUUGUCCCACCAGAUGAGAUAAACUCUAAAGCCACAGAAAAUGAAUUAGAGUUGUCCCAGUCUGUUCAAAGUCCUUCUCACGCAACUUUAAAUUCCAUCAGUCCCUCAGUGAAUCACAAACUCCACUUUGAUGGAGAACUCCCUGUGGCUCAAGACACAGAACUCCCUCUGGAUGGGUCACAUUCUCUGGGGACAUCUGACUCCGGUGGCCCAUCUGCUCCAGCACAGAACGAGACAGUUCUGGAUGAUGAGAGGAGUACAAAUGAAAAUGCAGAGCUAAAGAAAGUCGCGGAACCCAACACUGUCUCAAAAACAAACGCCACUGAGAGUAAAGCAUGAAAGGACGUAUAGAGUUGUGGGAGCAUCCUAGUGAACAUUAACGUGUUCAUUUAACAGUGCCCUUAAUGAAUCUGCUGAACAAAAGGUAUAUAUUCUAAAGACAAGAGUCUUACUUGUAAUAUGUAUGUAUGCAUUUUUUCAGUUAUGGUUUAUUUUCAUUCAUUUGAGUAAACUUCAAGAAGUUCCUGUUUCAGGAGUUAAUUGGACAUUUAAUUCAUUCAACUGAAAGAUUAUAAUGUGUUGAAGGUUCUUGUGCUUUGUGCAUUUUUCUGUCACAAAGAUGGUCAUUACAAGUAAGCAAGUUAUUCAGGAGAAUUAUCCAUUCAGUAAUACAUUAAUUCUGAUGUAUUUCCAUAGUAUAUUGUUAAAAUGUAAAGGAUUUCUCCUAUUUUUUAUCUUAAGUUAGGCUUGGUUAAUUGUUGGUUUUAAUUUUAUUUUAUCACCAUAUUUUUAUUUACAUUUAUCUGUUUUGUCUCUUGGGUGUUAAUAACGUGUAAUGGCAGUUAUAUAAAGACUGAACAAAAAUAUCAUCAAGAUAUUUUCAAUUGUUGUUAAAAAAAAAUAGAAUAAUAAUUUUAUUUGGCAACUAAAGUUUGAUUAGAUCCAUUUUUUUUUAAUGUAUUAUUAUUAUUUAAAGGGAUAGUUCACAUAAAAAUAAAAAUGAUCUCAUUAAUCACCCUCAUGCCAUCCCAGAUGUGUAUGACUUUCUUUCUUUUGCUGAACUCAAACAAAGAUUUUUGGAGGAAUAUUUGUGCUCUAUUGGUCCAUACAAAGCAACUGAAUGGUGACCAGAACUUUGAAGCUCCAAAAAUCACAAAGGCUGCAUGAAUUUACAGAAACUGGACUGUGAAUUAAUAUGUCUUUUGAAGCGAUGCAGUCACUUUGGGUGAGAAACAGAUCACUAUUUUAAUCCUUUUUCACUAUAAAUCGCCACUUUCACUUUCAGAAUGUGAAAGUGAAAGUUGCCAUUUAUAGUAAAAACGAAUUCCUAUUAUAUUGAUUCUGACGAUGUAUUUUUAACCAAUGGAACAAUAUAGAUUACUUUUAUGCUGCCUUUAUGUGAUUUUUGAAGCUAGAAUGUUCUGAUCACCAUUCAUUUGUAUGGUAUAGACCUACAGAGCUGAGAUAUUCUUCUAAAAAUCUUCAUUUGAGUUCUGCAGAAGAAAGUCAUACACAUCUGGGAUGGCAUGAGGGUUAGAAAAUGAUGAGAGAAAUUGUAUUUUUUGGGUGAACUCUCCCUUUAAUGUGGAUUUCUUAUCUUUGGGAUUUUUACAGUUCAGACAUUUUUCCAACAUGCACCGACUUAACUCUAAAAUGUCUGCUCAUUUUUAUACCUCUGGAGAAGUAGAUUUGACACUAUCGACUGCAAGCUUGUGCACUGUGAUUGUGUUCUGGAGAUGUUCUUUGUCGUAUGUUUUUUCAGGAAUAUUCACAUAGCUUUCUAGUAAACGGUAGCUGAUUGUCCUUUUAUAACAUGACGCAUAUGAACAGUCCUGUCUGAAACAGGACUAAUAGGACACAUAUUACUUUGAUAAGAGUUCCAAUGUCAUCACUCAUUGCAUGGCCAUCUACUUGCCCAUCUCUGAUGUUAAAGAUGUGAUAUCACAAGUGACAGGCCUGAAGAGGGCGGCCUUACUUGUGACAGAGCAUGGCAGUGUGUGAUUGGUGAAGAAAUGGUUUAAUGUUUCAGAAGUGUUAAUGAUUUGUUCGCAUUCUGUAUAUUCAAUAACAUUUUUGAUUAUGGGAGAGAAUGUUAUUAUUUUUGCCUAUUGUACACACAUUGUUCAGUUGUUCACUGCCAGUUUGCCCCGAAACUGUACAUUGUUCCAUGUACUGUAUGUGGUGCUUUGACCAAUGAAAUAACAGUAUGACGGGUAUGCUUUAAAAUGACAUGCAAAGAACAAAUUUGAAUUAAACUUAUUGAAA